AUGGACCCCUCGGCCUUUCCCGAACGCGAAAAGGAAGACGCCUACCACUUUGUCGCCUACUUGCCCGUGAACGGUAUCUUGUACGAGCUUGACGGGCUGAGACGCUCCCCGUUAAUGCACGCCCCGGUGGAGGAUGACUGGCUAGACACUGCGAGGGAGACCAUCGAAAACAGGAUUGCCACAUACCCUCCUGGGUCCCUCAUGUUCAACCUCCUCGCGGUCCGCUCUGCCGCACUUCCUCGUCUCGAACGACUACUUCAUGAUCCGUCCACGCCCGCCGAACAAAAGUUUGCACUGCAAGAUCAGCUGGAACAUGAGCAGAGCAAAGCCAAGCGCGGUGCCCUAGAGAAUAAGCUUAGACAGCACAAUCUGUUGCCGGUCGUGUUCCAGCUGUUCAAGGGUCUGGGCGAGAGUGGGCUGGCCGGCAAAGCUGUCGCAGAUGCCAGAGCUAAGGGCGAGGCGCGUAUUGCAAAGGCCAAGGCUCAAGGCGAGCAAGAUUAG